GGCUGACCGGAAGCCUUGUUGUUUAGCAGCGCUCACGGGCUGGCGGUGAUAUUGCAGCGUUAGCUGCAGCACUAACUCCUCAGUGUGCGAACAGCGAAGUUUAAGUCCAAUGGGCGACAGUGAUGACGAGUUUGACAGGAGGAGGCGGGACAAGUUCCGUAGAGAGAGGAGCGACAUGGAGCGGUCGAGAGAGAGGGAGGAGAGGAGGAGGGACGACUGGCCCGACAGGGACUGGGACCGUGGCAGAGAGAGGAGAAGGGAUUACGACCGCGGACGCAGAGAGAGAUUUUCUCCACCCAGACACAUGAGUCCUCAACACAAACGCAUGAGGAGAGACUGGGACGACCACCGGGGAGAGCCGUACCGCUACGAUAUGCCCUACGGAGGAGGAGGUGGUGGAGGUGGUGGGGGAGGAGGAGGAGGAGGAGGAGGUGGAGGUGGAAUGCCCUUUCCUGGGGCAGGGCCUCAGGGCUGGCACCCCGACCUCCCCCACCUUCACCCUCACCAUGGAGGUCACCCGCUGCAGGGCAGGUUGGGGAUGGUCGACCCUGAUCUUCCUCCUGCUGGACCUCCCACCAUGAGGAGCUUCAAGGAGUUCCUGCUGAACAUGGAGGACAGUGUCGAUGAGACGGAGGCGGUGAAGCGCUACAACCAGUACAAGCUGGACUUCAGGCGGCAGCAGCUGCAGGACUUCUUCCUCCAGCACAAGGACCAAGAGUGGUUCCGCUCCAAGUACCACCCCGAUGACAUCACGGCCAGGAAGGCGGAGUCUCUGGCCGCCCUCAAGACGCGGCUCGGUGUCUUCCUCUUCCUGCUGGACAACAACUGGCUGGACAACAUGUCCCUGGACAUGGACCACGCCCCCGCCAUCAUCAAACUCCUGGACGCAGCCGUAAUAAAGAUGGAGGGAGGCACCGACUUUGACCUGCAGGUGCUGGAGGCGCCGUCUGCUCCUGCAGUGCUGGGCGGCGAUGUCACCGUUGGCGGCGCCAGCAGCAGCAGCGGUGGUGCCGGUGUCGGCGGCAGUGGCGGUGGUGUUGGAGUCACCGGAGCCGACAAGACUCGAGAAGAUUCCAGCGCAGGAAACGUCGGCGCUCAAAUGGACGCAGAGGCGACAGUGAGCCGGACAGAGGCGGCGACCGACAGAGAGACGGGCGAGACGAAAGACAGCGACAAGGAAUGUGAAGAGGAGACGAAGCAGAACGGAGCAAAGGAAGAAGAGGAAGAAGAGGAAGAUGAAGAAGAGGAGGAGGAGGAGAAAAAAGAGGUGGAGGAGAAGACGAAGAAAGGCAGGAAGAGGAAACGCAGCGUGUCAGCUGACAGCGGGGAGGGCAGUGCGUCCGACUCUGACUCCUCCCACUCUGACGGGGAGAAGGAGGAAGACGACGAAGAAGAGAAGGAGGAGGAGGACGACGAGAGAGAGAGAUACAAAGAGCGAGGGAAGGAACGCGAGAAGGAGGCACCGGCCAAGCCCCGCCCCCUCCACCUCACCACCUCCCUGUUCAUCCGGAGCAUCCCACCAGAGGUUUCCAAGGAGGAGAUCACUGCUCUCUGUCGCAGGUACCCAGGCUUCCUGCGGGUGGCGCUGUCAGACCCUCAGCCUGAGAGGAGGUUCUUUAGACGUUGCUGGGUGACGUUUGACCGCAGCGUGAACAUCAAGGAGACGUGCUGGAACCUCCAGAACAUCCGGCUCAGAGACUGUGAACUCUCUCCCGUGGUCAACAGAGAUCUGUGUCGACGCGUUCGCAACGUCAACGGCCUGACGCACCACAAACCGGUGGUGAGGAACGACAUCCGUCUGUCGGCGCGGCUCAUUCACAGUCUGGACCAGAGGGGGGAGCUGUGGGUCGGACAGAUCGAGACCAACCCCGUUCUGAAGAACAUCACAGAUUACCUGAUCGAGGAGGUGAGCGCUGAGGAGGAGGAGCUAACGGGAGCCUCGAGGAGUGGCGACGACGCGGGCGACGCCAAAGACCCCGCCUCCUCGUCUGAGGUUGCCGUGGAGACGGACGAGAAGCUGAUAAAGGUGCUGGACAGACUGCUGCUCUACCUGCGUCUCGUUCACUCUGUAGAUUAUUAUAACUUCUGUGAAUAUCCCGCCGAAGACGAGAUGCCCCAUCGCUGCGGCCUCGUCCACGUACGGGGCCCCCUACCUGUGGCCAAGAUCACUGCGACUGAAGUGAGUGAACACCAGCGGAUGUGCGAGGAGCGUCUGUCCCCUCUGCUGUCUCCGUCAGAGACGCUGAGCGAGGAAGAAGCCGCUCGCCUCGGGAAGAAAGACCCGGAACAAGAGGUGGAGAAGUUUCUGACGGCCAACACUCAGGAGCUCAGUAAAGACAAGUGGCUGUGUCCUCUGAGCGGGAAGAAGUUCAAGGCUCCAGAGUUUGUACGCAAACACAUCCUCAACAAACACGGGGACAAAGUCUCUGCCGUCCGACAGGAGGUUGAGUUCUUCAACAACUUCCUGCUGGACGCCAAGCGACCCGCCCUACCUGAGAACAAGCCCCUCCUACCACUAGUACAAGCCCCGCCCCCUGGUCUCCCGGGUAUCCCCGGGUUCCCUGGUCAGUCACCACAGCAGCAAAGCCUUCUGGGAUAUCCGCCUGGAGUCAGACCUCCCAUGCCCGGCUUCCCUGGUGGCGGACCCCCGUACCCCCCCAACCAGUUUGGCGUGGGUCGCGGUAACUAUGACAACUUCAGAGGUCAUUUAGGAGGAGGAGGGUUUCCUGGACAACAACAACAACCACAACAACCACAACGAAACAACAGGGGCGUGCGAGGCGACCCUCGGUCGAUCAUCGAGUACAGAGACCUCGACGCUCCAGAAGACCUCGACUUCUUCUGAACACCAUGAAGUCAAAACCACAGGAUGUUGUUUUUUCUUUUUUUUUUAUUAUUAACUUUUAUAUUCCUACAUUUCCCAGGAUUCCUCUCAUCGUCCUUCUGUCAUUGACUUGUCUUUUAUUCUAUAGUUUAGAUCACAAACUGUAGGUGUGCGAGUGUGUGUGUGAGAGAGAGCGUGUGUGUGUGUGUGUGUGUGUGUGUGUUUCAGGACCAACGUGACUGUCAGUCUUUCGUGAUGAAGAUGAUGAUGAUGAUGUGAUACUUUCCAAUAAAGAUCAGUAGAGGAAGAUGA